AUGGGAGUCCUUUACACUACUAGUGGUCAGGUUCCUCAGAUCCCUAAGCUUUCUAGUCUUGAAUAUGUCAAUGGACCUUCUACUGAACGUGGAUUCUACGUCUGGAAUGGCUCUAUAAUCUAUCUAACCCGUCACCACAAGGCAAAACGGUCGACGAAUCGCGAAUUCUUUGUGGUGCGUUUCUUGCCGGCUCGGGGCGGACGGCUCCUCUAUCAAUAUCUCGUGUACAUCCGCCCUUUCAUGCAAAUGUUGAAGGAUGAGAUGACUGGGCUAGAAAUCCAAGCUCGUGAAGAGUAUAAGGGGUCUUAUAUCUUCUGUCCCAAAUGGCACGAGCAGGCCUGGAAGCAACGAGUCACGACUCAACACUAUCGCCAAUUGGCAAUUGGGAUCACGGAAAAGCAUGUCAGGGAGAUCUUUGAACCAUUCAAUCGGCAUGACGAUCGGACGACGGCCGCAGAUUUCAAUGUAGUGUUUGCGUGGCAGAGCAGUCAUCGCCCAGUGCAGCGAAAUUAUACCUAUGGUCUGGACGGCGCUUUCCCCAACCAGCUACAACCUGCUCUACUUCGAGCGUAUGAGUGGGCAUCUACACGGUAG